AGCCGGAGUAUACUACAACAUACUUAAGAAAAUAUUUAGCGUCGCCUGAUACAAAUCUUGAUAACGAUAAACACUCCCUUGAAAUCAUGCGAAAGUUAUAUGAUUCUCAACAGAAAAGAGAGGUGCUAAAAAUGAAAGAUUUGAAACUUCACAUUAAAACUGUAAUGAGGGAAUUUUCAAAGGCAACAAAAUUGGACGUUUUCGAAUUUUUCAUUUAUCAGAAGUGCUUUGCAAUGAUUCAUAAUUUAAUUUUUAAAAAGUCGCUUACAAUUUGCAAUGCUAUAGGCAAAUACCUGGCAGAUCGCUGUUACGCAGAAUUCACAGUCAAAUAUAUUAGAGAAUUGCAACUGUUAGACACAUCGGAACCUAACGUAAUUCCAACGUUAAUUCAUGUUACUUUAGUAACAAUGAAAGGAUUCAGCAAUUAUAAUUCCUUUGCUAAGUCUUUAGCACAACAAGAAAUCGUUCCUUUGCUGAACAAGUAUAUAACUAUUUGCAGUAACGAAACUUUAGAUGAGGAACAAACAACUAAUGUCAAACAAGCUAUUGGGAUUCUCUUGAAUAUAUCAAUUAAAGCUUCAAAGAAAAUUCAUAAUAUUAAAACAGAUCCAGCAUUUAUAUUUUUACAACUUGUCAAGUGGAACCUUAAAAAUAGAAGCUCAUUUGUCUUUAAUUUGGUGGAAACAGGUCCUUUCCUGGCUACAAAAGGUAUUGUUUAUAAAUGUAUUUUUUAA